AUGGACGAUCACCGAGCCGAGAGGUGCGUUGGUGCCUCCAAGAGGAUCAAGGAGGCACGUAUCGCCGCCUCCGAGCGGCUGACGAUCCUGGGCCGCGAUGCCUCGCACAUCGCGGUACCAGAGGAGGCCGCAGAAGAGGCUAGUGUGCCUAACCCCAGAAAAAGGCACCUAGCCUCCGAGGAGGCGAGGAGGGCAGAUCAAUGCUGCUCCUUCAUCAAGAGAUUCAAGGAGGCCCACCCCGAUAUCCUGGCCAUAAUCGGGGUGGAGCAUCAGCUCAUCAUCGCGUAG